AUGCGCCCUCCCCUUUCAACCCUCGCACGAUGGCGCAAACCGCCUGUACCUCGCCGCCGAGCCGUCUGUCACGGUAGCCCGACGCGCGCCGUCCGCCACCCCUUCCACCGCACCCUCCUGACCCUCGCCAUAGAAACCUCGUGCGACGACACCUGCGUCGCUCUCCUCUUCAAGGACCCGGGCCCCCGCGGCCGCGCGACACUCCACUUCAACCGCAAGGUCACGAGCGACAGCACCGCCUACGGUGGCGUCUACCCGCCCGUUGCCCUACGCUCCCACGACGCGCACCUCGCGCCCCUCAUCGCCGAGGCCAUCGCGUCUCUGCCGCCUGUAGGAGAACACCCCGACAAUGGCGACCCACCUUGCGGCGGCGGCACGGUGACAGUCGCCGGGAUUCCGCGCCAGAAACCCACCUUCGUGACGGUGACCCGCGGCCCCGGCAUGUCCGCGAACCUCGCCUCCGGCCUCGCGACGGCAAAGGGUCUCGCGACGGCGUGGCAGGUCCCACUCCUGGCCGUGAACCACAUGCAAGCCCACGCCCUCACCCCGCGCCUGGUGUCCGCCCUCGACCGGCCUCCUUCUCCCGCUUCCUCGACUUCAUCGGGCUCGGUCUCGACCUUGACCUCGUCUCCCAUCCAACCCGAAUACCCCUUCCUCACCCUCCUCGUCUCUGGCGGCCACACCCAGCUCGUCCACUCCCGCUCCCUCACAGACCACCGCAUCCUUGCGACCUCGGCGGACGUCGCCGUCGGCGACGCCCUCGACAAGGCCGCCCGCCUCAUCCUGCCUCCCGAAGUGCUGGCCUCCCACGGAGACGUCAUGUACGGCGCCCUCCUGGAACGCUUCGCCUUCCCGGGCUCCACUGCCGCUUCGUCCUUGCCAUCUCUACAAGACGUCGACUACGAAUACACCCCGCCCCUCCGCCGCGUCGACGAGAUCGCCACCUACACCUCCCCCUACUCCUGGACCCUAACUCCGCCUCUCGCCGCCUCCCGUGCCCUGUCCUAUUCCUUUGCCGGUCUCGGCAGCCAGAUCCACAAGAUUGUGACCCUCAAGGCCGCCGCCGCCGACGGCAGUGGCAAAGCCGACCCAAUCUCCCUCGAGGAACGCCGGUGCCUCGCCCGCGCCGCCAUGCGUCUCCUGUUCCAACACCUCGCCAGCCGCGUCCUCCUCGCCCUCGCCUCCCAGCCGGAGCUCAGGGACGCUGUCAAGACGCUCGUCGUCAGCGGCGGCGUCGCCAGUAACCGCUUUCUCAUGCACGUCCUGCGUAAGACUCUCGAUGUCCGCGGGUUCGGGCACGUCGAGCUCGUGGCGCCCCCGCCGGCGCUGUGUACGGAUAACGCGGCCAUGAUCGCCUGGACGGGCAUGGAGAUGUACGAGGCCGGCUGGGAGAGCGAGCUCUCCGUGCAUCCCGAGCGCAAGUGGUCGAUUGACCAGGAGAGCGACCAAGGCGGAAUCCUCGGCCUGAGCGGCUGGAUAAGAAGAGACGAGUGUAAAGUAAAAAAGCCAUGA